AAAGCUAACUUUAGCAGCAAAAUAAAGGAAAUGAAAAGAGUCCUACCAACAAACACCUUAAUUUUCCAUUAUUUUUCUUCCUUCUACAAUGCCCUCACGCAAGAAAAUUAAGCUUCUUAAAACAUUGAUCGCAGCCUGUGGCUGUGGCAGGACAAAACCUUCAGAUGUUUACGAGCCGAUUCCGAUUCCGAUUCCGAUUCCUCUUUGUCCUUCUGAUUCUAAUUCUUAUGAUAAAAGCGGAUCGGCCGCAGCCUUAUUGUCAUUAGAUAAUGAAGAAACCUGCACCACUUCCACUGAAAGCACCAGCUUUGCAAUGCAACAUAGCUCUGAAACAAAAAUCAGCAACAACAGCAUUGCUGUGGUGAAAGAUUCGAACGACCCGUAUCGAGAUUUUAGGCAAUCCAUGUUGCAGAUGAUCUUCGAGAAGGAAAUAUUCUCCAGGGCUGAUCUUCAAGAGCUUCUCAACUGUUAUCUGGAGCUGAAUGCUGCAUGUAACCAUGCCCUAAUCAUUGGAGCAUUCACAGAUAUCUGGAAUGAUGUCAUCUCCAAAAACCAAACCUAGAAUAACACAUCUCUAUUAAUUUCCCUUUUCAUGUAUUUUCAAUUACUGUGUUCAAUGUCUUUUUCA